CGACAAGUCUAACUUAUCACAAGUCUAACUUAUCACAAGUCUGGUCAAAUGGGGCUGGAAGCUUUAGAUCCCACUCCGACAACAACAGAAUACCCCAGUGCCACAGACAUUGUCUAUCAGAUGGCAGAGAGCCUAGUGAAUGGCGGGACAGACGACCCAUCGCAGGAGUCCAGCAGCCCAGGCUCAUCGCACCGUUCCUUGACACGAUCAAUUUCUGGGUCAGGAAGUCGACAAGCUGCAUAUCGAACACAUAAGGGGCCUGUCCAUUCCCGCCCGGUUAACACCCACAGGUCCAUCGUGGAUAUUCACCACGGAUCCCCGAAAGACGACCCACCAAUAGCCCCCAUGGUUGCAGCUGAAGUUGGGCGAUACAAAAUGUCAACUCCUCGGGACUUCAACGUUCCCAGAAUCACCAUCCCUGCUAUGACAACUGCAUUUCCUGCCGAUGAUAUAGUUAUGCCCUCGGAAUGGACCAUGUUCGUGCACCCAGAUGGUGCCCGUUACUUUGUGAAUCAAGAAAGAAGAACAUUCACAGAAAUGAACAUCUGUAAUCCAGAAAUAUGCGAUGAUAUCGAGUACUACAUGCAUUAUUUGCUGCAUGUACUCCAGCAGAUCAUUGAGAGUGGGAACAUUGUGCUCGACAUCAAGGAGGUCGACCUUGUGAUUGAGCCAAAGGUCUUCGAUGGUGGCUCUGUCGGUUGCUGUUAUUAUUUCGCCAAUCACCUUGGUCGGUGCCUCUUUUGGUUGCAUGACUUCAAUCCCGAAAUCAUCAUAUCUGAGCAUAAAGCUGUCGAGAGUCUUUCACAUAUACGGCUUGCCAUUCAAGCCCAAUACUGGAAACACUGGGACUACUUUCCUAACCUGUGCCCGAUUACACAAUACCUUGUCGAUGAGCUGAAAGAUAUGUUGAUACAUGCGACAUGUGACCCCUCAACACCGGAGUCAAUGUUUGAUGGACUCAGGGAACAAAUUUCUGUGGUGGACAGAAUAAAAGUCUAUCCCCUUGUCUCUGCAGACCUGCCACGAUACCAUAUUGCUAUUGUCAUUGGCCGUACUAUGUAUGCAUUCAGUCAGAAUUACUUUGUGAAUUAUAUCAUGCCACUCCUCCCAACGUGGCAAGGUGUGGCGAACCUGCCCGAAAUGCCAUUCCUACAGGUUUCUCACUAUGUAUUGCUGAUCAACUUCAUGAUUGCCUAUUCGAUCUUUCGGGCACGGGAUGCAACAGGCCCGCGUUGAAAAAAUUCAAAGGACAUCGAAGCAGGUUUUGUGCCAUCGCCAUUUUCACUUUGAAUCCACCGAGACCUCUGCCA